AUGCGACAGACAAAGCCAGCAAUACUGUCUAGGCGAGCCGCGGCUCUGCUAGUCAUCUUGGGUGUCUUCCUGGGCGCAUUGGUGAUUGCCUCGAAACGAUUGGAAGUUCUAUGCCUCGACAGAGUCUAUUAUCGAAGAGUAAAACAAGCAAAAGAAAAACUCAAUGUGUACGAACCUGCGGAUGGUACUCAAGGGGGCGACAAAAGGCUGGCGUCUGCGUCAGUGGAAACAUCCGAUAGACCAAACAGCAUCUCUCAGCCCGGUUGCGCGCAGUUUCCAGACACCUCAAAUAACCUCCUCGUCAUGAAAACAGGGGCUUCGGAAGCCUUUUCCAGAAUUCCAAUCCAAGUCUUGACAAAUCUCAAGUGCCUGUCUGAUUUCCUCAUCUUCAGCGACAUGGAGCAAGAGAUUGCUGGAUACAAGAUUCACGAUAGCCUCGACAAGGUUUUGGAUUCAGCAAAGAUGGGAAAUGCAGAUUUUAGCAUUUACUAUCGUCAGCGUCAGUGUGCGGUUGACCAAGACAACUGUAACAAGCAUGUGGAUAUCGCACAGGAGGGAUGGGAUUUGGACAAGUACAAAAACAUCCACAUUGCUGAAAAGGCAUUCAGGAUGCGACCCAGCUAUGACUGGUACCUCUUUGUCGAUGCCGACACUUAUGUAGUGUGGCCAACGAUGGUACACUGGCUGAACAAACUAGAUCACACUGAGGAAAUGUACUUUGGCAGUCUUGCAAUGUUAGCUGAUUUCCCUUUCGCCCAUGGCGGCAGUGGUUAUGUCGUCUCCAGCGCAGCUAUGCAUGGCUUCUUUGAGGGUAAAGAUAAUGUGGCCAACCUCUGGGAUGAGGCCACAAUAGGUGAGUGUUGUGGCGACGUUAUGUUUGCAAAGGCAUUGAAGGAGGCCACGGGUAUCGAAGUGAACGAUACGUGGCCAACCAUUAAUGGAGAGAAGCACUUCAUCAUUCCAUAUUCCGAGGAAGAAUGGUGCCAACCGAUCACAACCAUGCACCAUGUUGGCAGCGAAGAGUUAUCUGAUAUAUACGCCUUUGAACGAGAACGAAAUUUUGCCUUCCCUAUGCGCAUCAGGGAUCUCUACCAUCAGUUCGUGGCACCGCAGCUAGAGCCUCUUCGGCCAGACUGGGAUAAUACGAGCAGCGACGUCCUUUAUCUGAAUACAUCAUCAGCUAUAUACGACGACGAGCAGCUCAGCAAGGCAAAAACGCAACACUUGUCCCAUCUUGAGGAGAUGGCCCACGAAAGCUUUGAAAGCUGUCGUGCAGCGUGCCAAGCCGACAAGGAUUGUCUGCAGUAUAGAUUUCACCAAGGCAUAUGUGGGUUCGGCAUGAGGAUAACACAUGGACACCCAAAACCCAGAGAAGACGAUGCACUCAACCGGUGGAUGAGUGGAUGGGACAUUGACAAGAUCCAAGCAUGGGUGCAAAAGCACGACAUCUGCGACGAUAAGAUUGACUGGCCCCUGGUCCAGACGACGCCGACUUGA